UUCCAGACUUGUCUCUUAUCAUUAGCAUUUUGACCAUAGGAAGAACAUUUUCAUGAAGAACACGCCUAUGGAGCCAAUGAUGCUUGUAACUAUGGCGACAUUGCGGUCUGAAAACAGCAGUGCUUCCCUGCCAUCAGAGUUUCCUAUCACUGCAGAAUGGGAGCUUGUCCGUGCCAUCAUUCCCCCGUACAUCUUCAUGCUGUGCCUGUUAGGCCUUCUCUUAAACAUCUUUGUCCUGUGUGUGUUCUUCGCCCACAAGGAUCGACUGACUGUAGCCGAGAUCUACCUGAGCAACCUGGUGCUGGCUGACUUUAUCCUCCUGUGUGCCCUCCCCUUCUGGGCAAUGAACAUCCUCAACAACUUUAACUGGCCGUACGGAGACACAUUAUGCAAACUGGUCAACUCCAUCAUCCUCAUCAAUUUCUACACUAGUAUCUUCACCCUGGUCAUGAUAAGUGUUGACCGUUACCUGGCCCUGGUAAAGACCAUGAAGGCCAGGUGGCUAAGACGAACACUUUAUGCCAAGGUGAUCUGCUUCCUCUUGUGGAUUUUAGCUCUUGCAUUUAGCAUUCCAACAAUGGUUCACAGAAAAGUGGCAUUUAUCCAGGAAAUCGGAACAAUCUCCUGUAUUUUGGAUUAUACUCCGGGCGUGUCUUGGAAGUUGGCCCAUCAGAUUUUGUUGAAUGUGGUCGGCUUUGUCCUGCCUGUCCUGGUUAUUGUUUUCAGCAGUGGGAACAUAAUCAAUGUUUUAGUUCAGAGAAAGGAAAGGAUUGCUUUUCAUGACAUUAAUGACACAAAGGCCACAUUACUUGUGUAUGCUGUCACACUACUAUUCUUACUGUGUUGGGGCCCCUUCCAGGUCUUCACAUUCCUCGACAUACUCUGUGAUGUCCAAGUGCUGGAUGAGAAGUUGUGGUUCCAUGCUCUCGAUAUAGGAACCCAGGUUUCAGUGUAUCUGGCUUUUCUCAACAGCACACUGAACCCACUGCUGUAUGUCUUCUCAGGGCAGUACUUUAGGAGGAAAGUCAGCACCAUCUACAGGAGGACCAGACAUUAUCGCAGAGGAUCGGAUAUGACAACAUAUCAACGCUCAGCUGUGUCCACUUACAUUAACAGGACCGAGAAAAUUAAGCCAGUUGUAAUCCUAAAUGCAUAGGGUUUGAUUACAUCUUCCACUUGCAUUGCUGAUUACGGGAAAAAUCUUUGCAGCAUACAGGAUAUGAGUCUCAAAUUGUCCUUUCAUGACACAGUUAAUGCUGUUAUAUGGUUAACUAGCACUUUUGUUGGAUGUAUAAUGCACAGAAGAGAUAAUGGCUGUAAUUUGCUAAAGAAAUACAAUGUUAUAAAGACACUUAUAUGUUGUUCUGAAGACAUGCAGUAUGUAUCUGAAGUCCUCCCCUUGUGCGGUAUGUGUCAUGACAUGUAAUCAAAACAGUUACUCGGUAAUGAUAAAAACAAGCAAGCUUUUCUCUAGGAUCAACAGUCAUCCCUCAAGAAUAUUUGUCUCCUGCGGGAAUAAUUCUAGUGGGAAUCUGUAACCUUUUCUCUUUGGAAGAUAAAUUAUUUCUGGAGGACAGCAACCACAUUUCUUAUCUUUGCUCACUUCCAAUGGUCUAACAUCAGUGUAUUUUAGAGAAGGAUGCCACGUUGUGUCAAUUUUCAGCCUCUAUGCAGAAAGCUAAUUCAAUAGCAACAUUAAUUAAGAAGUUAUUAAACACUUGUAAAACAAAUGAAAAGCGUAAUAAGGUUCUGUAUACAUGAACAAUGUACUUAAAAGUAAACACAAGCUACUGAAUCAACAUAAGUAUACAAUGAAUGAAAGGUGAAUGUAU